AUGAAGAUAAAGAAUAUAGGGGAGGAGUCGAUUCACAAUAUAUGCAGCAGUCAGGUUAUAUUUACUCUGAGCAGUGUAGUUAAAGAAUUGGUUGAGAAUUCGAUAGAUGCUAAUGCUAGUGAAAUAAAAAUAAAGCUAGUUGAGAGUGGAAUAAAGUUAAUAGAGGUUAAUGAUAAUGGUGUUGGUAUAAAAAAGAUUAAUUUUGAAAACAUAUGUGCUCGUCAUGCUACAUCAAAAAUAAAAGAUUUUAAUGAUAUACACAGUUCUUUAAAUACGUUAGGUUUUCGAGGGGAAGCAUUAAAUUCUUUAUGUAUGUUAAGCAAUGUUAAUAUAACAACAAAGAAUGAAGAAAAUGAUCAUGCUUAUUUAUUAAAAUUUGAUAAACUUGGUAGACUUUAUCAUGAAGAACCAAUAGCUAGAUUAAGAGGGACUACUGUGAGUUGUGAGAAUAUUUUUCAUAACAUACCAAUAAGAAAGAAAGAUUUUAUAAAGAAUAUAAAAACACAAUUAUCAGAUUUAUUAUUAUUAAUGCAACAAUAUGCUAUAAUAUAUCAUAAUAUAAAAUUUGUUAUAUAUAAUAUUGUUACAUUUAAAGGAUGCACCAAAAAUAUGAACUUGUUAAUUACUAAUGGUAGUGAUAGUAUUAAAAAAAAUUUCUAUUCUAUAUAUGGUAAAAGAAAUAUUGGUAAUUUAAUUGAAUUCAAUGUUGAUGGUAAUGAAUGGAAUAUUAGAGGUUAUAUAAGUGAUAGUAAUAGUGGUAGAAGAGAUAAAGAUUUGCAAUUUUAUUAUAUUAAUAGUAGACCUAUACACAUAUUAAAAAAUGUAAAUAAAUUAAUUAAUACUAUAUAUAGAGAAUUUAAUAGUAGAUUAUAUCCUAUCAUUAUUUGUAAUAUUUUAUCAGAUACAAAAAAUAUAGAUGUGAAUGUUACUCCUGACAAAAGAGAAGUCUUCUUUACAUUUGAGCAAGAAAUGUGUGAACAGAUGAAAACAGUUCUUGUCAAAUUAUUUACACCUAAAACGAGUAAUUUGAUUGAUACACAAAUUGACGAUUAUUUUUUAAAAGCUAAUAAUAUUUUGCCCAAUCAUCUAAAAGGUAAUAUAAAAAUGGAGACACAUCAGGAGCAUCAUCAUAAAUCCAUAUCUCACUCACAAGAAGAAAAGACCAAAGAAAUAAAAAAUGAUAAUAUUAUUAAAACUGAACCUAAUUAUAAUAACGAUAGGACCCAUCCUUCGUAUGUUAAAAAUGAACGUAUACAUAACGAUGAGCAAAUAUAUAUAAAACAAGAAAAAAUUAAUGAGCAAAAUAAUUCUUAUGUUGACGGUGAUGAACAUUCUAAUACACAUCAAGAUGAGGAAGAGCAAGAGAAAGAAAAAAUAAUAAAAAAGGAAAAUAUAUAUACUGAUCAUGAUGAUAGACAGUUAUUAAAAAUAAAGGAAGAAAAAAAAUAUAAGCAUCCAAAUAAAUAUAUUCAAAAUGAUGAAUUAUAUAGGGAUAAUACAAGUAGCCUUAAUUAUUCGUCAUUAGAAAAGGAUUACAUAUCAACAGAAAAUAAAAUAAAUAAUAUUCAAGUUAAAAAUGAUGAAUUUAAUUCAUCAUCAGUAUUUCAGAAUGACGAUUAUAAUUUUCGUAAGAUAUAUAGAGCAAAUAAUUCCUUUGCAUCAACACAAGAAAGUAUGCAUUGCGAUUUAUUUGUUUCAAUCAAUAAGAAGCAAUAUGAAAAUGAACAAAAUGAAGAGAAUGAACAGAAUGAAGAGAAUGAAGAAAAUAAAAAAAAGACAGAAUAUAAUUUUAAUAGAAAUAAUGAACAAGAGAAAAGUGUAUAUAUUAAAAAGGAGCAAGAAGAAUUUAAUUCAAAUAAUGAUGAGGAAACAUAUUCAUUGGGUCCUUUAUCAGUUGAUAAUGUAAUGAUGGAAAAUAAGAAGGAUCAUUUGAAUGAUAUGAAUAAUAAUGUAUAUGAAUAUAAAUUGGACAGUGAUGUUGAAAAUGAUAGUAAUAAUAAGAAUAAUAUUUAUGAGUAUAAAAUAAAUAGCGAUGAUAUUAAAAAUAAUGUGUAUGAAUACAAAUUAAAUAGUGAUGAUAUUAAAAAUAAUGUGUAUGAAUACAAAUUAAAUAGUGAUGAUAUUAAAAAUAAUGUGUAUGAAUACAAAUUAAAUAGUGAUGAUAUUAAAAAUAAUGUGUAUGAAUACAAAUUAAAUAGUGAUGAUAAUAAUGAUAAUAAUAAUAAUAAUGUGUAUGAAUACAAAUUAAAUAGUGAUGAUAAUAAUGAUAAUAAUAAUAAUAAUGUGUAUGAAUACAAAUUAAAUAGUGAUGAUAAUAAUGAUAAUAUUUAUGAAUACAAAUUACAUAGUGAUGAUAAUAAUGAUAAUAAUAAUAAUAAUGUGUAUGAAUACAAAUUACAUAGUGAUGAUAAUAAUGAUAAUAUUUAUGAAUACAAAUUAACUAGUGAUGAUAGUAGUAAUACCACUUAUUUAAAUGGACAGGAAAAAAAUGAAGGAAGAGAAGAAGGUAAUAAUUUAAAAGAUUAUACAAAUUAUUCAUUCGAGGAUUUGAAAGAGAAUAUAAAAAGUAAUUGUAUAAAGAAAAUUCCAAUUGAUAUAAAUAUGUAUAUUAAUAGAGAAGAAUUGAAGAGUGGAUUUGAUUAUGAUCAAAUACAUGUAAUAAAUUUGACAAACAGUGAAAAAAUAAAGAAUAUAAUAUUUCAGAAAAUGAAAGAAGAAACACCAAUAAAUAAUUAUUUAUGUUUAACAGAUGAUCAAGAAGAUAAAGAAUAUAAAAACUUAUUUGAAGGAAAUUUAAGUUUAAAAGAAAGUAAUAAUAAUACAAAUAAUGUUAAUAAUAAUGAAGAUAUAAAUUUUAGUAAUAUAGAUGAAACACAGACAGAUUUAUAUUUCCAAUCGAGCUUAUUCAAUAAAUUAAAGAUAUGUGGACAAUUUAAUAAAGGAUUUGUAAUAUCCAAAAUAGAUUUACUUUAUUUUGAAAAUAGCAAAAAAAAAAAAAAUGAAGGAGAUAUAUCAACAUACAAAACACAUGAGAACAAUAUUACUAAUAAUAUAAAUAAUGAGGAUUAUCAUAAUUUUAAUAAUGAUAAUAACCUAAUAAGUGAUAAUAAACAUAAAAGUAAUUAUGCUUUAUUUAUAAUUGAUCAACAUGCAGCUGAUGAAAAAUCAAAUUUUGAAAAAUAUAAUAAAAUAUUUACGAUGAAAUCACAAAAAUUAAUUAGUAAAAUACAUUUACAAGUAAGCCCAGCCCAAGUUCAUAUAAUACAAAAAUAUAUGUCUAUUUUCUUACAAAAUGGAUUCGAAGUACAAAUUUUAGAAGAACCCAUACAUAAAAGAAGGAAAACAAAUAAUAAUAUAAAUGAACAAAUAGAUGAGGAAGAAGAAAUGCUUAUGGAACUUAAUGUAUAUUUAUUAUCAUUACCAGUAUUUAAUGGAAAAAUAUUAGAAGUAGUUGAUUUUAUGUCUCUCUUGCAUCAUCUAACAGAGCAUCCAGUAGCUUCAUACAAUGAAUCCGAAGUAUCUGCAAAAAGUACAAUAGAUUUGAAUAAUAAAACAGAUACAUGGUUUAAUUAUAAUUUCCCACGACCUCAAAAGGUGUGGCGUAUUCUAGCAUCCAAGGCGUGUCGAAAUGCGAUAAUGGUUGGCAAAUCAUUAAACAUAUACGAAAUGAUUAAGAUAAAGAAAAAGCUGAGUUUUUUAAAGAAUCCAUGGAAUUGUCCUCAUGGUAGACCUACCAUAAAAUAUCUCAUAAAUAAUGUGGAUAUAAAAAAUUGCUUUAAAAACUAUUAUUUAAAAUUAUAUGAUGAAAUUACUAAUUUGAUUUUAACUCAGAAUUAUGAUGCUUAUAAAUAUUUGUUUCAUAAUCAUGUCUUUUUUUUAAUUAUAUCUACCAAACCUUUCCUAGGUCCUGUUUUAAAAUUUCAAUAA